GCUGAUGCUGCCAACUUGGGUCCUGAGAGUUCCACAGUGUUGGAUAGCACUGGUGCCGGCAUGGGAGAUGUUGCUGGUCCUGCGGCAGGUGCUGAAGUGGGUGAUGGAACCGUACCUUUGGCAGAUGGAUCUGUGCCACCAGGAGGAACAAUGCCAGAAGGAACUCCAGGAGACGUGAAUGCUCCGUUUCCACCGGUUCCUCCAGUGAUCACCCCACCUGGUGAUGUGAACGCGGCUGAAGUCUUGGCUGUGAGUACGGAAUUGGCUCGGAAGAUCUCAGAGUGUUCCAACAGGCUUGCAAAUGUAAGUGAAGAGCUUGCCAUCACCAUGGAGCAUUUCACCCAAGGAAGAGUGGAAAUGAAGAAAGGUUUUGAAGAAUUGAGUGUCCAGAUCCAGAAUCAAGCGACCUGCAUAACAACGAUGACAUCAGGAGUGUCGUUUCAGGCCGGAGAAACGACCAAGCUUCUCAAAGCUUUCGACCGGUGGGCUGCCACUGGUCGUUGGGCUCUAACUGGCAACCAGUCAGUGGAAGCCAACAUACAGGGAGUCCAAAGUGAAGUAGAGAAGCAAACAAAGAAGUUGGAGCCGCAAACGCAUUUCCAAUAA